UCCUCCGUGCGUCGGCAGUCUCCGGUCUCACGCGAGCACCGGCCCCCCUUCCCACGACACACCUCCCCAAUUCCCACUCCCUACCACCCGACCCCCUCCUACCUGGCCGCUGUUAGCCGGGCCGGAUCUCCGCAUCCAGAUCGCCGAGACGCCCCCUCUGGAGCAGCUGGCGUCCUCACCGGACCCAACCUCUGUCGCCUACUCCCCGCCCAGCUCACUCUUCACCGCCGGGACCCCCUCCGUCGCGUGCUACCUCGCCGACUCCUCACUCUCGGGAUCAGGUUUAGGUCUAUGCAACCGAUGUUGGGUGGGGCAGGCGAAAUUCUGGACGGCAUGAGGCAGGGAUGUGGGUCGAAUCGUGGUGUGAAGAACAAGAAUCUGUUGAAGAGGCAAUUCCUGUAGAAGUUAGUGAGGUAGAUGUCCACUUGUACUUUGAUUGAAGACAACUAACUUUGUUGAUCCUGAGGGCAAGAAGUAAUGAUCCGACCAGGCUCCAAGGAGUCACAAAAUUAUGAUAACAACAGCCAGAAAGUUUAUCCUCAACCAAUUGAUGAAAAUAUGAAUCAGAACAUGGACACGAUGGACAGUAUGAUUGGAAGGAUAUUCAACAACAUAUCCUCUUUAAAAGCUGCAUACAUUCAGCUGCAGGAAGCUCACACCCCUUAUGACCCGGACAAGAUCCAAACUGCUGAUAAGCUUGUCAUAGAUGAGCUCACGAGGCUUUCUGAACUCAAGCAUACUUACAGAGAGAGAAAUCCUAAGCCAGUAGCAGCAUCACCUCAAGAUUCACGCUUGCUUUCUGAAAUACAGGAACAGCAGAACUUGCUAAAGACAUAUGAGGUCAUGGUGAAGAAGUUCCAGUCACAGAUCCAGAAUAGAGAUACCGAGAUUACCCUUCUACAGCAGCAAAUCGAUGAGGCGAAACAUCGGAAAUCAAAGCUGGAGAAGAAAUUGAAACAAAGGGGCUUACUUAACAAAGAAUCUGAGGAAUCUGAUGAAGAAGAGAACUACUUCUCUAUUGAGCUGACGCCAAGUUUAUUUACAUCUGCUACUGAUAAUGCAUACCAAUCAAUACAUGAUUUCUCGAAGCCCUUGAUCAACAUGAUGAAAGCUGCUGGGUGGGAUCUCGAUGCUGCUGCUAACGCAAUUGAACCUGAUGUAGUUUACACAAGGAGAGCUCAUAAGAAGUAUGCAUUUGAGUCCUAUAUUUGCCAAAGAAUGUUCAGUGGUUUCCAUGAAGAGAGCUUUUCCAUCAAGGCUGCUACUGCCAGUGUCUCCAAUGAGGCUUUCUUCCACCAGUUCCUUGCAGUACGAGCCAUGGAUCCUCUUGAUGUAUUGAGCCAAAACCCAGAUUCUGUUUUCGGAAAGUUCUGCAGGAGCAAAUACCUGUUACUUGUGCAUCCAAAAAUGGAAGGUUCUUUCUUCGGUAACAUGGAUCAGAGAAACUACGUCAUGAGCGGUGGCCAUCCAAGGACAGCUUUCUAUCAGGCAUUUCUCAAGUUGGCGAAGUCCAUAUGGUUAUUGCAUAGGCUGGCAUACUCUUUCGAUCCAAAGGUCAGGGUCUUCCAAGUGAAAAAGGGAAGCGAGUUCUCGGAGAUUCACAUGGAAAGCGUAGUCAAGAACAUGGUCUUGGAUGAAAGUGCCGAGAGGCCUAAAGUAGGUUUAAUGGUGAUGCCUGGUUUCUUGAUUGGGACUAGCGUCAUACAGGCCCGAGUGUACCUUUCAGAUGUCAAAUACGCUGACUGAAAGUGUUGCAGUUGCUUGAGAAGAUUCAGGGUGUUUUAGUUCAUGUGGGCUCAUUUAGUUGCAUCUGAAAUGGCGGGGGACUUGUGUAUGUCUGUUUCGUGUGUGAAUGUGUGAUGCUACAUGAAAAGAUGUUAUUCAGAUGAAAUGUGGUAGUCUAGCAGCACGUUUGUGAAAGACCUUCAUAUGCUUGUCCUUUUAAGACUAGAAUGUUUAUUCUCUCUGUUCCGUGAUAUAUCGUUGGUUUGAUUUGGAUGUUGCAGCCUAUGUGAUGACUACACAACCAUGUUGCCAUACAAAGUUGAGUCACUUA